AUGGUUGAUGAUGGUGCCGAUGUUGGCUGGGUGCCUCAGCCAGACACUCGUGGGACAUUCGACAUUCUCUGUUCAUGUCUAUUCACCAUCUUCAUCUGUUGCUGGACCAUAGUGCAUCCGAAUAUCGCCAUCCCACGCACAUCUACCAUCCAACGACUACUGGACAAGACCAUCUGCUUGCUUAUUGCAGCAUUUGCUCCUGAGGUGGUCGUCUUCAUCUCGUGGUCUGACUACACGUUUGCCAGACAAUUGGCGACGCGAUAUGCCGCUGAGCCACGCGUUUGUGGGAAGUGGACGAAGACACAUUCCUUCUUUGCCGGUAUGGGUGGGUUCACCAUGGCAUCAUCGUCCAACGCCAAUGACUCAAAUUGGGAAAAUGGCUGGUUGAGUCCAGACACUAUCCUCACCCUGGUCAAAGAUGGUCUACUUGAUGCCAAAGACCUGCCGCAAAAGGCCGCCAUCGAAGAUAAAGGCAAGGCAGACACUCUCGUGAAAGCGGUCGCCAUUCUUCAAGCCUUGUGGCUACUGGCGCAAUGUAUUGGACGAGCGGUCCAACACCUGCCCAUCACGACAAUUGAAAUCGCUACCCUCGCCUACAUCCCCUGCGCGUUACUCAUCUCCAUCUUCUGGUGGGACAAACCGAUGGACGUCAACCAGCCCAUCCCUUUACGAAUCCUGCCCACACCGGUGGAACUAAGAGGCAUGUUUGAUGACGAGCCCACAGCAAGCAAACCCAAUUUAGCCAACCCCAUUUCAGUAUCAACCUAUAGCUACCAGAAAUACCCACUUGCCAGAGCCUCCGCCGAUGCUGUCCUCUCUGUGCUCAACCACAUCAACAUCUGGGGCCUCCUCACUGUCUUCUUCUGCCUCCUCUUCGGUGGCUUGCACUGCCUGGCCUGGAACUUCCACUUUCCUACGUCCAUCGAACGGCUCCUCUGGCGGAUAUGCAGUGUCGUCGUCUCUGUCGCCAUUCCGGGCGCGUGGCUGACCAGUACGGUGGUUUCCUCGGUGCUGAAGCGACUAUUCCCCAGUAUCUGGUAUGACCACGUGCGCGCAGAGAGCUAUUUUGUCCAGUCGACUGGCCGAUUAAAUGUCCGUGACUGGCUAGCUUUUCAUCGCGUGAUUCAUGCUUUUGGGCUGGUGUUGUAUGUUUUGGCGAGAACGUAUCUGAUUGCGGAGAUGUUUUCGAGCCUUCGGUCGCAGCCUGCUGGUGCUUAUGUCACGGUUGAGUGGACGAAUUUCUGGCCGCAUGGUUAG